UUUAAGAUAUUUUUUAUCUCAUGCAAAAUCCCGGGGAAGGAAUAGAUCGAUCCAUCUUGUUCUUCCUUCGUCCACAUUUUUUUCUUGGUCAGUUCUCUUCCUCUAUUAUCUUCGACCGGAAACCCUAAUUGGUUGAUCGCGAGGGAGCAUUCAGCGAUCCGCUUUUUGACGAAGAUGACGUCGACGAGCUCAUGGUCGCGGGCUUUGACGCAGAUCUCGCCUUACACGUUUGCAUCGAUUGGUAUUGCCAUAUCCAUCGGCGUUUCAGUGCUUGGUGCCGCUUGGGGAAUUUACAUCACUGGAAGCAGUUUGAUUGGUGCUGCUAUUAAGGCUCCGAGAAUUACCUCUAAGAAUCUUAUUAGUGUGAUCUUUUGUGAGGCUGUUGCUAUAUAUGGUGUCAUUGUUGCCAUCAUUUUGCAAACCAAGUUAGAAAGUGUAGCACCAUCCCAAAUAUAUGAAGCCGAGUCUCUGAGAGCUGGUUAUGCCAUCUUCGCUUCUGGUAUCAUCGUCGGCUUUGCGAAUCUUGUUUGUGGGCUUUGCGUUGGAAUAAUUGGGAGCAGUUGCCCUCUUUGUGCUCUCUCCGAUGCCCAAAAUUCCUCACUCUUUGUGAAGAUUUUGGUGAUUGAGAUCUUUGGCAGCGCGCUUGGUUUGUUUGGAGUGAUCGUGAGCAUAAUCAUGUCCUCUCAGGCAACCUGGCCUGCAAAAUCUGGAUGAUGCUUUAUCAGCUGAUUGCUUUUCAGCUUUUUCUGGUAAAAAUACUUCGCGUCCCAUGUAAUUCCUCUAAUCUUUCUUGUAAGCAUUCUCUUAUUAAUAAGAUUUUCCUUUAGCUUUUUGUACGGAUGAAGAUUCUGUCGAAUUUUUCCUGUAUUCCUGUGUUAGUUUAAAUGUUAUCAGCCAUGGAAGAUAGACUUUUGUGCCCACUUAUUCAA